AUGGCACCUGGAGGUGAUCUUGAUAGAUGUCCAGCUGGUUUGACCCGAUCCAAAUUUUUAAAGACAUUCAACGAUCGUUGUUACCAAUUUAAUCAUUAUCAAGUCAAAUGGCACGCUGCACAAAAUAUUUGCAGAAGAAAUGGUGGCCAUCUUGUCGUUAUCAAGAAUGCUGAAACGCAAAAUUUUCUGAUGUCAUCUCUAAGAAGUUUACGAUGGAGGCGAAAUGGAGCGUGGAUCGGAGCUAAUGAUCUUGUUUCCGAAAUGAAUUGGAAAUGGGUAACAGGAGAGAGUAUUGGAUAUUCUUACUGGGGUUCCGAUCAACCAAGUUGUAAGAUAUUCAGAUGUCGAGAAGAUUGUGGUAUAUUAAGAUAUUCUGAUGGUGGAAGAUGGCAUGACAAACCUUGUGAUAAUAGUUUUUAUCUCUACAGUUUUAUUUGUCAAUUUGACAUGAUACCAACAACAACGACAUCUACAACAAUUACCACUACAACACCUACAACAACUACAACUACAACUACGAUAACUACUCCGUCUACGUCUGGUACUAACAGUACGGAGGAGAUGAAAAUUGUACAAGAAGAUUUACUGAAGAAGGAAGCAGGGAAAUCUUUGAAUAAAGUUCGAGGUAAAACAACCAUCAAGACAACAUCGACAACUGCUAAAAUAACUACAACAUCAGAUAGACAAAAAUACUCAGUCGUCAAUGAUCCUGGCCAACAGAAACAGCAUCUGGAAGAUUCUCAAGAACGUGGUACCGGCAUAGGUACAAUUAUUGCUCUAGCUCUGGGUCUACUGCUUGGUUUAAUGGUUGGAAUCUGUUUUGGUGCUGUAUGUUUCAUUAGAAGACGAAAGAAGAAACAACAACACGCCAGUGCCAGUUUUAUCAAUCCUUACUACGGGGAGGUAGCUCGGGAAGAUAUUGAUGCAGAUCGGUUUGAACAAUCGUGCGUGGUUGAAUAUAAAGACGACGUCCAGGUGGGGCCACCAGUUCAAUAUGACACGCCGCCAUCUUUAUCUUUAAACAAUCCGACCUAUGGUGACGUCGUUGCUGUACGCCCUGUUUCGUCUGACUCUUACGAUCUUCCAAAACCCACGCCAUGUGGUCUGCCAAGAGACAUUUACCAGAAUUCCAACCCUUACGAAAACACGCUGCCUGUUGAGGAGAACUUCUAUGAAGAUAUCGACACUAUCAAAGCCGCUAUUGCAAUGAAUGAAUCUUUGGACAAAGGUGAGGAAGAGGACAGAUACGUUUCCAUGCCAACUAGAAAUGUAGUUUAA